GAAAAUUGGGCCACCUUAGAGAUACUUCUAGGCGCCUUGCCUACAACUAGAUAAAACAACAAUAUUUUGGGGAUAUUAGGUCUCUGAUCGAAUGUUUCAAUAUAAGUUUCUUUUUUAUCUCUCGAAUUAUCUAAUAAACUAGUUCUGUUCUAAUGGAUUCACAGAACCAAAAUGAAUGUUCCAUGCUGAUGAAGAGUCUGAUACCUGAUGAACUUCGGCGGCAUCGAGACACUGAAGAUCGUACAACAGAAAAGUUGAUCCCGAACAAAAUAUUCAAACAGCGCCAACCGAAUCAAACAACCAAGAAAAAGUUAUCACGCAAAGAGAUAGCGAAAAUGGGGAUUUAUGCAUUGCCUGAAGAUACAAUUCGAUAUGAACAAGUAAUUCCCCUUCAUAGGCUUUGGUGCGGUUAUUUGGGUCGCUACUUAGGAAAGGACAAAUUGCCGGAUGUGACCGAAGCGCAAUAUAAUCAGUUCACUUCGGAUUUUUUGAAAGUAGAUCUACACGGUGCGAAAAUCAGCGUAAUUAGAGCAACAAAUCCAAGUCUCGUGGGCAUGAAAGGUAUCGUUAUUCUAGACACGAAGGGAACUUUCAAAAUUUGUUCCAAAGAUAACAAAGUUCGAACAAUACCGAAAUCCGAAUCGGUUUUCCAGAUACAUUGGAAAAACGUAGACGUUACUAUUUUUGGAAAACAUUUAAAUUCGCGACCGGCAGAACGCUCGGUCAAAAAAAUUAAAAUAUUUGGAGAUUGUGAUUUGAAAUAAAGAUGAGAUUUUAGUGCCAUUAUUUUGAGGCAUAUUUUCAA